UUCUCGCGGAAGGUUUGUUCAGCAGUCAGAGCGGCAGAGAGAGAAGGCUGGCAGUACCGCUCUGCUAAACCUCUCAGUUCAGUCAAGCAUGUCGGUUUUCUGCAUGCAGGGAUAUCUACUCUACCCAGAUACAAUGAUUAUACUGACCGGCAGAUAGAAGCGUUUUGUUGAAGCCGAGGAAAUGUCUCGUUGGAUUUGUUGCCCGCUUCUGCUGCUGCUGCUGCUGCCCCUGGGUUGUGAAGUCCAAGCUCAAGUAGAAAACCGGGUGGUUUUCCUGCCGGGAGCGUUCCAGAACGUGAGCGUCUCCCAGAAUGAGACGGUGCAGGCCGUGGUGUCCCGGAUCCUCCCGGAGGUCGCUUUCAUCACUCUGCAGUUCCACACGCAGCACCGCAACGCCACGCUCUCCUACACCCGGAUGCCAGGCCGGGGUCUCUCCAUGACUGCAGUGGACUCGGGGCUCCUGUCGACUCUGCAGCCGGGCCAAGCCUUCCUCUCCUUGUUUCUGUCUUCUCCUGAUGCGGACACCGUGGCAGGCACCGGGGUCAUCCUCCCAUACUCCAGCACCGAUCCGGUCCCUGGAGCUUGCAACAUGGAGUUCAACCUGGACAUUGACCCAAACGUCUACAUCCACUACAACCUCUAUGAGACCACGAUCCGUUUUGCACCAGCGAAUCUAGGAUACGAGAGGGGAGAACCUCCGCUGGCCUGCGACGAAUCGACAGAAAGCACCACGCGCUGGCGGCUGCAGUAUGACAUCUACCAGUACUUCCUGCCGGAGAACGACCUAUCAGAGCGCAGCCUGUUCAUUGGCAUUCAGGCCGUGGCUGACAUCCAGGGCAUGGUGGAGAACGGCAAACGGGUCUUGACGCUGUUAUCAUCAGAUACGAGCAUGGCCGUGUUCAACUCCAUCCCCGGUCAGGGCGUCAUCUUCUCAGUGGUGGUCAGAGACCCGCUGCUGAACACCUCGGCCUCCUACGUCCCCGCCCACACCUACGCCUGCAGCUUCGCCUCCACCCUGGACGGCUGUCAAACACUCGGAAAGAUAUCUACCAAGUUUUUCUUCACCGUCGCUGGCUUGGCUGGCCUGUUUGUCUGCUUCUUCGGGCAUCGAUUCUUCAAAUGUGAGUUGUUCUGCAUGGGAUUUAGCUUUGCAACGUUUUUCUUCUUUGUGCUGAUCACAAGGACCACAGGACUGGACUAUGACAUCUGUCUGGCCCUGUCGGCAGUGAUCGGCGUGGUGGGCGGCGUCCUCCUGGUGAUGAGCUGGUGGCGCUUCGGUUCGGUCAUGGCCUGCAUCGUCGUGGUUGGACUGAUGCUUGGCUUCCUCAUCGCCUCCACCGUCCUCUUCACUCCUCUUGGUGACCUGGAUUUGUUCAGGCGUUCAAACGCGGUUUUCUGGGUGACGUUCUGCUGCAUCAUGUUCAUUGUUCCGCUGUUCUUCGUGCGCUGGCCCAGAGAGGGCAACAUCGUGACGUGCGGCAUCGUCGGCGCGUACGCCGUCAUUCUGGCCGUCAACGCCUACGUUUACACCAGCCUGUCCUACAUCACGCUGAACAUCCUCAAGCGCUUCCUCAACAACAACUUCAACGCCGCGUUCACUGACGUGCCCUUCCAAGCCAUCGACUACGUCCUGAUCACGGUGUGGGUGGUGCUGGGCGUCUGCGGCAUCGUGCUGCAGCUGUACCGCGAGCGCUCCCGCCCGUUCUUCCCACCCAGCCCGUACCUCAUGUGGCUGCAGGAACGCGAGCGCCGCAAGACCAACGUGCUGGACCCGAGCCACCACUUCCCGCCGCUGGCCAACCGCCUCCUGGCCCGAGUACGCCAGCUCACCAAGAGGAUGGAGCCAGCCGGAGAACACACGCCUCUGCUCCUGUGAAGCACCGCAACACGCCGUCUCCGUCGCCGUCACCGUCGCCGUCUCCGUCUAAAAGGCCCAUUCAGGGUUCAAAGUUAGCGCCAUCUACCGGCCAAAUGCUGG